CUGAUGCUUCUGUGUUGCCAGGUUGGAGGCUUGGAUUCGCUUUGGGAGGAACAGAGCGGUUGUUGCCUCGCUGUAUCUACCAGCCGGUUUUAAUCUGCUAGCGUUACUACAAAUAGGAAGGAAAAACGGAGGGAAGGAGACAAAUAACUUGACACCUGCCAGGAAACAGGAGACUUCACUCUGAAGGAACUGAUAAACAGGUGUGAAGCAUGAGGAUCAACUCAGCUAUUCAGGCUGCUAUUGACCUCACAGCAGGAGCUGCAGGUGGGACUGCGUGUGUGGUGACUGGCCAGCCCUUUGACACUGCAAAGGUGAAGAUGCAGACAUUCCCCAACAUGUACAGAGGAAUUGUUGACUGUUUUGUGAAAACCUAUAAGCAAGUGGGGUUUCGAGGCUUCUACAAGGGAACCACACCAGCACUUGUAGCCAACAUCGCGGAGAACUCCGUUCUGUUCAUGUGCUAUGGAUUUUGCCAACAAAUUGUGAGAAGAAUUGUUGGAGUAGACAGGAAAACAAAGCUCAGGAUGGCUUUUCUCCAGGUGCAUCACUUGAGAGCUGUCAGUGGUCCAGCAGUCUCAGUGUGCCUUACCAUUACGCAUUUCUCAAGUGAUCUGCAGAACGCUGCUGCAGGCUCCUUCGCCUCUGCCUUUGCCACCCUCGUCCUCUGUCCCACAGAGCUGGUGAAGUGCCGGCUGCAGGCCAUGCAUGAAAUGCAGUUGUCAGGAAAGAUAAUCCAGGGACAUAAUACAGUUUGGUCAGUAGUGAAGGGCGUUAUUCAAAAGGAUGGUCCCCUUGGAUUUUACCGUGGCCUGUCAAGCACUCUGCUGCGGGAAGUCCCAGGCUAUUUCUUCUUCUUUGGAGGGUAUGAACUGAGUCGGACAUUCUUUGCCUCUGGGAGAUCAAAAGAUGAAUUAGGUCCCAUUCCUUUGCUACUAAGUGGAGGUUUUGGAGGCAGCUGUCUGUGGAUUGCUGUGUAUCCAGUGGACUGUGUCAAAUCUAGAAUUCAGGUUCUUUCAAUGGCUGGAAAACAGGCAGGCUUUAUGGGAACAUUUGUAACUGUUGUGAGAACUGAAGGUGUACUUGCCUUGUAUUCUGGACUAAAACCAACUAUGAUCCGUGCAUUCCUGGCCAACGGGGCACUGUUCCUUGCCUAUGAGUAUAGCCGGAAACUUAUGAUGAAACAAAUGGAUUCUUACUGAUACCUUCUAGCAGCUGGAGAAGAAAAGGUUGUUUAAGGAUCAUUUAAAUAAAUGAUCGAAAACAUGUAGAUCACAUCAUGGUCUGAGCAGGGCCAAAUCAGUGACCUAAUUUUAGGAACUCAACUCCAGUUUAGGAUUUAUAAUCUUUUUAAAUUCAGGUGAUUUCAUAGAGAUGUGUACAUGCUGCUUGAACUGGACCAGCAGAACUAUCUCCAUCUGGCAGAUUCUGCACUGGUGGGUACAUUGCAUGUCAUAAAUGUAUUUUCCUGACCUGUAAUGGUGCUAAAAAGACUUCUCUUGAACUGUGGGGUUUAAUGUAACAUGCAGCAGUAGGCUGUGACUUGUUUAAGGCAAAGCACUGUUAAAAUCUGUGGUGUGGUAGUGAAAUUUCCCAGUUGUUGCUGGCAAGUGCCUGAUUCAAAGUAACAGCAGUCCUGUCUAAUCUUGCUGAGAUGGCUGACACAUAUCCCUCAGCUAGAACCCUGCCCUGCUCCAGCUCCCUUCUGUUCUGUGACUUGCCAUGGUCAUGGCAGUUGGUGUCUGACUUGACUUGUAUACUCUGUCCCAGUGAAUGGGGCUUAUAAAAGUAGGAAAUGUUCACCCUCUACCUUGUACUGGUAUGACUUAGAGCCUGAGAUAUGCCUGUGUUUGAGAUAAAAACAUAUAGUUACUGGGUUUGAGUCCAUGCAGAACUUCAUUAUUUUCUGAAUCCUUUCAAGAAGUGCUGGAAUAUGCUAAGCACCACUGAAUUAAGCACUUAACAUAAGGGAGACUGCUGGAAAUAGCUGCUGGCUCUGGUCAUGGAACUGUAACUUUGUGCAGGCUCCUGUCUGGGUCACCUUGACAUGAAUGAGUCUAUGUGCUUGAAGGAGAGGAAGCUGAAGAGGAGCAGAAAGCCAGAACUGAGUUCUUAAAGACAACUCACACCAUGGUCUCCAUGGUGUAGCACACACUUACUUGGGCUGGAGUCCUGCCACUUGCUGCAUCUCUUCAGCUGAGUGGAAAAAGCUGGUAUGACUGGGUAGUUUGUAUCACCUUCAGGCCUGGAGGGCAUGCCUGCUUGGUCAUGUUACUUGAUUAAACAUGCAGUUUGUUAGUGUUACUCAAAAUGAUGCAAUAAUGCCUAUUUCUAGGUGCCACUUCCAUUCUUGAAGUAGAAUGUUCUUUAUAUAAGCAUGCUCUGCCUUGUAAGAAGCAGCUACUGCCUAUCCCCGGGAGAAAGCAAAGCAGGUCUUAGAGCAAGACAGUUCAUGACUCCAGGCUUGGAGUUGCACAGAGGGAUGUUGCCUGUGUGCUGUAAGUGACAACCUACCCUUGUGGAAGGCACAGACAGCUCUUUGACCCACCAAGUUCAUCAGAGUAACAUAGAGAUGAGCAACCUCUCACAGCAACCACAGUUCACCAGUGACUGACAGUCACAGCUGGAACAGCUUGGUUUUGCAGGUUACAGCUUCCCUUUCAGAUCCCAGAAACAAGGAAGAAGCUUUAGGCCUAGAUGAAAACAUCUCAGUACCUACUGCCUCUUGCAGUGAAGCCAGGGUGCACUCCAGUGCCCUGUUACAGCCUCUUUGAUGAGAGGUAGGUGCUGUAGUUCCACAAAUGCUUUUUGCUUCCCCAGCCUUCACAUGCAGCAGGAACUGUGUAUCUCUCUUUCAUACACCCAUGAGAUAAGGCAGUUAAAGCAGGGCAUGGCUGAAGAAUCUUCAAUGUCUGUUGCACCUAUUUACCUUGAUGGACUGGUACACUAGGGGCAGUAAUACCGUGCAUCAUCAGUACUUUAAAAGGAAUUUAUACCAAAUGUUUAAAUCAUUCAGGUAGGAGGGUGAAGCUUUAGGAGUUGUUAGACUUGCCCUUCUUUUCAAAAUUGUCUAGCCAAGAGAAAUAGUAUAUUUGUACAUGUUUCUAAUAGUUAUGAAAAGGUGAGGACUGAUUCCACAUCAGUGGAAUACUUCAAUCUAUUUCUUAGAUUUGUCUUUGCUUUCAUUUUUUAAAGCUCAUGGUUGUAGUUUUUAAUACAAAAGUUGAAGCUUCAAGAGAAGCAGGAUAUUUAGAACUGAGUCACCAGCUUCUUGCUGUAGGUUCAGACAUGCAUUUUGAAAGUUUAACAUCAACUUCUGAAGGAAGCAGUAAUUUUUCCAUGCACAGCUGCUUAAGCUGUAGACAUGUAUCAGUUGUUCAGCUAAGAACUUCAUAAUGCUGGUAUAGGAAUUCAUGGGAAUAAAGUUUGAUUUGAUUAA